CCAUGCAGCCACUCUUCACUCUUCUUCAUCUCACUACUCGCCCGCAGCGGGCAGUCUGCACCGUCUGGAUACUGUAGCUCAGCACCAAGUUGCGCUCUUUUCCCACAAUGUAUCCGAAUGGGAAAUAACAUCCGUCUGCUUCGGUUCAUGCACAUUUCUGGAGCACCUCUCGGAAGAAUUCGACACCACAUCGUCCGGAGUCACUUUAUUCACGAGCUGAACACUUUCUUUCAGAUCCCAGAGGAAGAGUAGGAGGCCGUGCACAGAAGACAUGAAUCUGGUGGAGGUGAGGCAGACGGCGGGGUCUCUCACCCUGUCCCUUUCCAGCAACGACCCCAAGGAGCGCUACUUCGACCGUGUGGACGAGACUGACCCCGAGUACCUCCGCAGCAGGAACAUGUCGCCGGACCUGAGGCAAGACUUCAAUAUGAUGGAACAGAAGAAGAGGGUCACCCAGAUCCUGCAGAGUCCGGUGUUUAAAGACGAGCUGGAAGGCCUGAUUCAGGACCAGACGACGAAGGGCAACACCCCGACAGGUCUCCUUGCUCUGAGACAGAUUGCUGACCUGGUCAUGGCUAGCACCUUGGGAGGGGCUGGCCCCCUGACUUCCCCCAUCAGCGUCGGGAUGGUAACUCCCGUCAAUGACUUGUAUGGCAUCGAGUCACCCUCCUUUGCCAAAGGGGAGAAACAGACUCGCUGCAGGCUGGCCAGCCUCUACAGGCUUGUUGACCUCUUCAGCUGGGCUCGUUUUACAAGCUCCUACAUUACUGUGCGUGUCAGUAAAGAGCAGGACCAUGUUCUUAUUAGUCCACGAGGUCUGUCAUUUGCUGAGGUGACGGCAGCAAAUUUGGUGAAAGUGAACAUAGUUGGUGAGGUGGUGGACCAGGGUUCUGCUGAUCUGGGCAUCGACCACUUUGGGUUUGCUCCCCACGCCGCCAUUUAUUUGAUGCGCCCUGACGUGAGAUGUAUUAUCCACAUACAUACCCCCGCUACAGCUGCUGUGUCCUCGAUGAAAUGUGGAAUCCUGCCCAUUUCCCAGGAGGCUUUGCUUCUGGGAGACGUGAGCUGCUUUAGUUACCAUGGCAGCCUGGAUAAUAAAGAGGAGAAGGUGGAGUUUCAGAAAGCUCUGGGCCCUACUGCCAAGGUGAUGAUCCUGAGGAACCACGGGCUGCUGGCGCUGGGAGAAACAGUAGAAGAGGCUUUUCACUACGUGUACCACUCACAGCAGGCUUGUGAAAUCCAGGUUCAUGCUUUAGGGUGUUCCGGCGGCAUGGAUAACCUUGUGCUCAUGGACAGAGAAAAGUUUAAACCCCUGACACAGGGAGUGGCUGCUGGCGGGGUGAUAAUGGACAAUGAGGUCAAGUGGAAAGUGGGCGAGGCCGAGCUCGAGUCCCUCAUGAGGAUGCUGGACAACCUGGGCUACAGAACAGGCUACUCUUACAGGAACCCCAUCGUCCGUGAAAAACCCCGCUCUAAGAACGACGUGGAGAUCCCUGCCACGGUGUCAGCUGUGACACCAGAGGACAGUGAGAUGGGGCUACGUAGCCCCUUCAAGUUUAUGGCGCAGAAACAGCAGAGAGAAAGGACCCGGUGGCUCAACUCGCCCAACAGCUACUUGAAGGUCAAUGUUCCGGAACAUUCACCCAGCGGGGAUGUCAGCCCCAGGACCAAGAUCAUGUGGAUGAAGUCUUCGCAGCCAGGCAACAGUGUCGGCACACCAAUAAAGAUCGAGGACCCCAACCAGUUUGUCCCACUCAACACAAACCCCACAGAGGUUUUGGAUAAGAGGAACCGGAUAAAAGAACAGCACAGAGGUGACCUGAUGACUUCUGGACCAAAAUCUCAGUUACUAGCAGGAAUUGUUGUGGACACUGUCAAAGGCCCAGCUUUCAUCCAUGAGGACGAGGCACAUACUCGCUCUCUUCCUCCCAACCCUUUCAAUGAGCUCACAGAGACGGAGCUGGAGGAAUACAAGAGCCUGGUAGAAAGAAAGCAGCAAGGCCAAGAAGACGACGAUGAUGCCACAGAUGCAGAUGAGAUGACAACAUUUGAUGGCUCUACUAUCUCCCUCUCCCUCUCUCCUAUUAUGACACCAGCUAAAGACAUAAUACCCAAUGGGAAAGACCACUUGGAUGAGACGGAUGAGGAUCUGAGCAUCGAGGUAUCCAAGAUGAGCGUGAGCACUUCAGAAACAGUGGAAAUCUCCAUUUCAUCUAAGGAGAAGACGGAUGAGGCUCAGACCCCAGAGAGCCAAACCAAGUCCCCCAAGAAAAAGAAAAAGAAGUUCCGCACACCUUCAUUCUUGAGAAAGAGCAAGAAAAAGAAGGAGGAGAAAGAAAAAACGGAAGCCUGAGGGUAAAAAAAACAAUUAGUGUUUUGCUAGGAAAACAUCUAAAUUGCCUUCUUAAUUUUCAGCUUGUGGAAGGGAAGUGAAAUGAGAGAAAGGACAUCAUUUAGUCAGAAAAGUCUCCCAGGACUGUGUUGUUUUUUUUACACCUUUUUCCUCAUUCACAGCUAUUAUUUCAUGUGAAUGUUUUUCCAAGAUGUGCCAGCAGAUGGUAAUAUGGAAGUUGUUUUCCCCAUGAGGAUUUGUGAUUGACCACUCCUGAAGGGCUCAGAAAAAUGAAAUUACAUCAAAAGUGAACGCAAAACUGUACACCUGUGGUUGUUAUUACCCAUAUUUUUAAUGGGAUUUAAAAUAGAUAUCAAAGGUUUUGAAAACAUCAAGAUUACAGUUACGUAUUUGUGAUUUUUUUUUUUUACUUUUUGCACAAGUUCAUUGUUGAAUGUAUUCUAAAAGCUAAGAAAAUUGUUUUAACAAUUCUAAAAAUUUACAAUCACACAUAGACACACAUAAAGGUUAUACAACGUUCAGCCUUAAAAGAAGUACGAUUUGUAUCUGAACAUAUUCAGACUGAUACUAUCUUGUAAUAAUAUAUGUUGGUUUAUAUUAUAGGUAUUACAAUAUAGUGUUUGAUAGUUAAAUGAUUUGAUAGUCUUGAGAUAUUUACUAUACAUACUAACUCUUAUACUAAACAUGCUGUGAUAGAUAAUUCAGUAAUAAUUCAUGUUUUUACAUCUAUGUCAGUGGCAUUGUUCCCAUGGUUGCUGCUUUAUUGUAAUUGUGAAAAGAAUUUGACUGUGACUAAGAGAAAGAGCCCUGCAAAGUGAUGAUUCUUGCAUAUUGAUGUUUAUGAGUUUGACUUUUACAGAAUUGACAGAAAACCACGGCUUGUUUGGACGUUGACAAUGAAUGUGUCAAGCCUGAAUUGCAGAAAGUUGAAAUGUUUUGACUAAUUUUGUCUGCUGAUGGCAAUAUGCUGUGGAAAGCGUGUCUUCAUAGCCACUGUUAGAGUUUGAUAUAAAGUAUAUUAGAGGACCAUAUAUUUACAUCCCAGUCAAUAAUGUGAAUGAUUUGUUUUGACCCAAAGGGAGUGAACUCUUUGCCUUUGUAAAUAGUUUGUUUUCGUGACGUUCUUUUGUUACGCUAAACCAAAUGUUAAACAAUGAAACAUAGAAAUGUGACAGUACAAUCUAAUAACAAUAUUUUAACACUUCUUUUAUCAUAUUUUUUAUUCACCUGAAGUAAGCUCCUUAUUUAGUGAACGUGCGUUGUGUUUACAAACUGUAUUACUUAUGUAAGUUGUGUGCAUAGUGCUUGUACUUUCCUGCGUUGUUUACAUUGCUUUGUUUGUCUCAAUAGAGCUUUACAUUACAGUCCCUUAAAGUCAGUACUUCCAAAAUGCCUUCCAUCUGAUGUAAUAAAAGCUCGGCUAUGUUUCCAUAA